AGAUACUGUAGGCGCAAAGAAGGGUCUGAGCGCCGGCUAGUCCCGCCCAGCCAAAGCUCUACAGCUCAAAGGUCCCGUCUAGUCAUCAGUCAGCAGUCAACACCAUCCACUUGCGGGAAAAUCCUCAGAGCUCUAGCUAUCGUGGCCGGUGGAGACACAUGGCGCAGCACCGACUUCACGGCCUCGGGGAACUGGAUGGGGAUCGGAUCGCCCGGUCAUUGUCAGCUACGAGGAUCUUCCUCGUCCCGAUGAAGGCCCCGGUCGUACCACUCCCCUCACGAUCCGCCAUAGAAUCGAGGUACCCUUCAAAGACACGCCGGCGGAGGGAGAAGAGCUCGACUCAGCACGACGAGGCAUCGAAGUCUGAGCCACGGAGGAAAGCGCUUGCCGACGACAGCGCACCCCGCGACGGCCCGUCCCGCGCAGAACGUCAAUACCGAUACAGCAAGAGGCCCGCAAACGAUCCCGAUCGAGCAGCUGGGGCUCUAGCCUCGGCGCCUCGCGCUCAGCCGGCUGUCUCGUCUCUCGCUUCUGCCUCCGAGAGUAGCUCCCUUACAGCCCGUCCCUCAUCUUCAAGCAGAUCAACACUACAUGUUCCGAUUCAGAUCAGCUUGAGGUUCGAGCAUGCCUGUCUGAGGAUAGAGAUCGGCUCUGCGACCGGCUCCCUUGAUACUCUGCGCGCUCGGCCUAGCCCACCAUCAACGGUGAAGAACGCUCGAGACCUCUGCAGAGAGCGAUACGGAGGACCCCGCGCUCUUGCUGCCUCGAUGGCCUCAUACGUCAACGAGCAACUUCUGCAGCGCCGCGCCAACUACCUGGACGUCGAAGAAAAUGAGCGCAUCAAACCCUUGCAGAAGCACCUCGACGACAAGGCCAUCUCGCUCCGUAUUCCCCUCGUCGGCCUCCCCGACGUCAUCCUCGCUCGAGUCACUACCAUGAACUGCUCCUCGUGGGUCCUCAGCAGCGAAGAGGUCAAGAGCGUCGUGCCGGCUCUGCCGACCGGCGGCCCGCUACCAGACGCAGCUCUGGCAAAGAGGCUGGGCGCAGACCCGCGGGAGGUGCGAGUAUCCAUCGUCAACGGGUUCCGCUGAACAUGCCAGCUGGCCGACAUCAGCGUCAGCUUGGCUGCUCGACCUCGCCCGGGCGCUCUGAGCCGCCUCUCGUCGUGGACUGCCAUGGGUGCCGACGCCGAGAUGGAUCAAGACUGGUCAGAGCUGGCAGACGGCACCGCCUCCCACUACACCCUUCGUCUGUCGAGAGGCUC